AUGCCUCUGGAGAUCCACCCCAUCACCGUCGUCGUCAACAACACCAACCCCAGCACCCUCCUCACCCAGAUCUGCAACAUCCUCGCCAGCCACAAGAUCCACGGCAUCGUCUUCGAGGACAACGUUGGCACGGAGGCCGUGGCCCAGAUCCUUGACUUCGUCUCCUCCCAGACCCAGGUCCCUGUCAUCAGCAUCAGCGGGGGGUCCGCCGUGGUCCUGACCCCGAAGGAGCCCGGCUCGGCUUUCCUGCAGUUGGGUGUCUCCAUCGAGCAGCAAAUCCAGGUGAUCUUCAAGGUGUUGGAGGAAUACGACUGGGGCUCCUUCGCCGUCAUCACCAGCCUCUACCCGGGCUACAACAUCUUCCUGGACGUCAUCCACUCCUUCACGGAUGCCAGCUACUUUGGCUGGGAGCUGCAGGAGGUACUCACCUUUGAGAUGAGCCAGGAGCGGAGCAGCUCCAGGACGCAGCGGCUCCUGCGGCAGAUCGAUGCCCAGGUCCUCAUUGUCUACUGCUCACGAGAGGAGGCCGAGUACCUCUUCACCAUGGCGGAGCAAGCCGGCCUCGUGGGGCCGGGCUAUGUCUGGAUCGUGCCCAGCCUGAUGGUGGGCAACAUGGAGGUGCCACCCGCCUCCUUCCCCGUCGGCCUCAUCAGCGUGGUGACGGAGAGCUGGAAGCUGAGCCUGCGGCAGAAGGUGCGGGAUGGGGUGGCCAUCAUUGCCAUGGGGGCAGCCAGCUUCUUCCGGGCCCACGGCUACCUCCCGGAGGUGGGACGGGACUGCCGGGACCCCGCCGGGGCCACCGCCACCAACACCAGCUUCUACCGGGGCUUACAGACACUGUGUCCCACCAGGCACCUCCUCAACGUGACGUGGGAGCACAGGGACUUCUCCUUCAAUGAAGGCGGCUACCUGGUCAGGCCCACCAUGGUGGUGAUCUCGCUCAACCAGCACCGGCUCUGGGAGAUGGUGGGCAAGUGGGAGAAAGGCAUCAUCCACAUGAAGUACCCGGUAUGGCCCCGCUACGGCUCCUUCCUGCAGCCUGUGGCCGACAACCGCCACCUGACGGUGGCCACACUGGAGGAGAGACCCUUUGUCAUCGUGGAGAACACGGACCCCAGCACCGGGGUCUGCGUGCGCAACACCGUGCCCUGCCGCAAGCAGACCAACUCCUCCCAGAGUGUCGAUGGCCUCGUGGAUCCGUACACCAAGCUGUGCUGCAAGGGCUUCUGCAUCGACAUCCUGAAGAAGCUGGCCAAGGCGGUGAAAUUCUCCUACGACCUCUACCUAGUGACCAAUGGCAAACACGGCAAGAUCGUCCGUGGGGUCUGGAACGGCAUGAUUGGUGAGGUGUACUACAAGCGUGCGGACAUGGCCAUCGGCUCCCUCACCAUCAACGAGGAGCGCUCCGAGAUCGUGGACUUCUCCGUGCCCUUCGUGGAGACAGGCAUCAGCGUCAUGGUGGCCAGGAGCAACGGCACUGUCUCCCCCUCUGCCUUCCUGGAGCCCUACAGCCCAGCCGUGUGGGUCAUGAUGUUCGUGAUGUGCCUCACUGUGGUGGCCGUCACCGUCUUCGUGUUCGAGUAUUUCAGUCCCGUCGGCUACAACCAGAACCUCACCAGCGGCAAGAGGCCGGGAGGUCCCUCCUUCACCAUUGGCAAGUCGGUGUGGCUGCUGUGGGCUCUGGUCUUCAACAACUCGGUGCCCAUCGAGAACCCCAAGGGCACCACCAGCAAGAUCAUGGUGCUCAUCUGGGCCUUCUUCGCCGUCAUCUUCCUCGCCAGCUACACCGCCAACCUGGCCGCCUUCAUGAUCCAGGAGCAGUACAUUGACACCGUGUCGGGGCUGAGCGACAGGAAGUUUCAGAAGCCACAGGAGCAGUACCCCCCCUUCCGCUUCGGCACCGUCCCCAAUGGCAGCACCGAGAGGAACAUCCGCAGCAACUACCCUGACAUGCACACCCACAUGGUGAAAUACAACCAGCGCUCCGUGGAGGACGCCCUCACCAGCCUCAAAAUGGGGAAGCUGGACGCCUUCAUCUAUGAUGCGGCAGUGCUCAACUACAUGGCGGGCAAGGACGAGGGCUGCAAGCUGGUGACCAUCGGCAGCGGGAAGGUGUUCGCCACCACGGGCUACGGCAUCGCCCUGCAGAAGGACUCGCACUGGAAGCGGGCCAUCGACCUGGCCCUGCUCCAGUUCCUGGGAGACGGCGAGACCCAGAAGCUGGAGACGGUUUGGCUCUCGGGGAUCUGCCAGAAUGAGAAGAACGAGGUGAUGAGCAGCAAGCUGGACAUCGACAACAUGGCCGGGGUUUUCUACAUGCUGCUGGUGGCCAUGGGGCUGAGCCUGCUGGUCUUCGCCUGGGAGCACCUCGUCUACUGGAAGCUGCGUCACUCCGUCCCCACGUCCCACAAGCUUGACUUCCUCCUGGCCAUCAGCAGGGUGAGUGAUGCUGCCGGGGGCUCUCGAGGGGCCCAAAUGUCCUCCCAUGGUGUCAUGGGGAUGGGCAUGGCUUGGUGGGCAUCGUCCCUUCGACCGGCACGGGAGGGACUGGAGUGCUGA